CCACAAUCGUUUAGAAACAUGGCGGCGGCAGUGGUCCGCGCCUAAGCAUGUGUUUGUGUCGCGAAUUCACGAACCUAGUGCGCUAAGACGUUCUUUGCCCCUGAAUCAUAAUGCAUACUUCGUAGAGAUGGCAGAUGCCGACGUUAGCAGCGACGCCUCUGGCCGUGGGCAAGCGAAACGAUCGAAGGAUCUGCUGCGAGCCGAGCUUGUGACGAGAGAAGAGCACCUACGUUCCCUCCUGGAGUCCAAGGGGAAGCCGAAGACCUUCCGCGCAGUCAGCUCGGUCCUGGACGAGGCCAGAAGGUUCCUGCCCAAGCUUGCCAGUGCGGAGGAGGAAAGGCUCGCCGGGAAUGUGGGCGACAUCAGCAUAGAGGCAGAGGGCGGUGCAUCUGAGGGACCCCUUAUAGAGAUGAACUUUGCCCUCGCCGACGUGCUGGACUCGGACGACAGCGACUCAGACGACAGCGGCGGUGGCAGCAGCCCUCCUCGAAGGCCGGACAUCAGCGAGCUGCCCCACGCACCCCCCGAGUGCGACCCGACCGAGCCCCCCAGCUGACACUUUCCUGAGGCGCCUGGAAGUCACUCGCACCAACCGCAGACGGUGCUCCGGCACAGCUACCGUCUUCAGCUCGACGGCAUCUGAGAAGGACUCCUGCCUGGAAUUGCUGCGCAUUUGUUUUAACGUGCCCGCUUCAGAGAAAUCGAAAACUGUUGAAAUAAAAUGUGCCGUUUGUCUUUGAAA